AGCAACGAAGUUUCGAGGGGAACCUACCAACCAUGGAUCAGACCGAGGCAUUCGACAACACCCAUAAGCCCGCCGCUUCCCUCCCUGACUGGAUGUCAGACUUGCCUGACCACCUUCCUAUUUCCAGAAUCUCAAUCCCUGGUACCCAUGAUACCAUGAGCCUCUUCGGUGACUCCAGUAUCCGCUGCCAGAGCUGGCCACUUGAAGCUCAGCUUGCGGCCGGAGUACGCUUCUUGGAUAUCCGCUGUAAACUAGAAGAUGGGCAUUUCCUUAUUUAUCAUGUCAAUACUUACCAGGAGACUGACUUUUCCAGGGUCCUUAAAGGCACCUUGCGCUUCCUGAAGAAGCACCCACGGGAGACAGUACUUAUGAGGGUCAAAGAGGAACUCCCAGUUCUUCCCGAUGAAGAUUUUGGUCCCCGUUUGCGACGCUACCUGGAUGAAGAAGGCCAAGGCCAAAUUUGGGCAAAAGAAGCGAUUCCUACCUUGGGUGAGGUGCGGGGGAAGAUUAUCAUCUUAGAGGAACUGGAGGAUGAGGUCUUGGGGGUGCCCUAUGAGGCGCUGAGCGUCGGCGAUGCUUGGCAUGUUCUCUCUACAGACAGCAAAUGGGAUCGAGUUUUGGAGCACCUGAAUGCGGCAAACACGGCUAGCCAUGCGACUCUGCACCUUACCUUUUGUUCUGGCAACGGGCUCUUCACCAACCCUGAAGAGCUGGCCAAAGACAUCAACCAACGUUGUUAUAAACAUCUGAGCAGCCAGGCUGGGAAAGGAAUGCAGUGGGGUGUGGUGAUCAUGGACUUCCCUGGCGCAGGACUUGUCAGAACGAUUGCGGAGAGUAACGUGGAAACAGGGAUCGAUGUCUCAACCGUUCUGAAUUUGUGAUGAAACAAAAAAACCAGAGGAGGGAAGGUUCCAGAACAGUUUGGACAUUCGCUGUGACUGCUUGGUAGUGGUUAAGGGCUGCUUCCAUACACAUUGGAUAAUCCACUUUCAAUACUCUCUAGUGAACAUUUGGAACUGCUUUUCCAUGUGUGGAACUAAAAAUCCACGUCCCAAGGAUUGCUAAAGUGCAUUGAAAGUACAUUAUUCAAUGUGUGUGGAAAUGGCCUGAGUCUUCUAAAAUCUACUGGGAUUGUGAUUAUUAAGAGCCAGCAUGGUGGGUUCCUCAAGAACAAGUCAUGUCAAACUAACCUUAUCUCCUUUUUGGGAAUGCUGUGGACAGAGGUUAUCGUAAUUUCAGUAGUUUGGAUCCAAACCACAUGUAAAAGCUAGGCUUGAUUAUUUUCUGUCCGAUAAGAAUGCCAAGAUUACCUAUCAGGUAGCCAGAUAUUGUUUGGUGAUAUUCAGAUCUUGGAAAAUUAUAUUGUACUGUAACUAGA